AUGGAGAGGUUGGAAGAGGUUAUAGUUAGAAUUAGACCUUGUCAGAUACCUGAUCUAAGACCAUCCAUUCCACUCGAGGAAGCUCGAUCGCGAGAAGAAUAUUACUACUACUUCCCCACUGGACCGGAGCAAGACCAGAAAAAUUAUAAUGUAGACAAGGUGGUCUUACCCCCGACAGUGAAGAGGUUAAAGGUAAUUUGGUGGGAUGAAAAACAUAAUUUUAGAAUUGAUUGGAAAUACAUGGAAGAGUAUUCGGGACAUUGUAGGAGAGGACCACCUCAUAAAAGGUUAUGUAAAGAUUGUGUAGGGUGUAGACCUUUGGAAGUCGAUUCGAAAUUAGGUUAUCGUAGUCGUAGGUUUUCUGAGCGACUCAUUGGAUCAGUAUAUGGCAGAAUACCCGCACAAUCGACAGAUCGAGAUAUGGAAGAAGAAAGACGACAAUCGAAAAUCCUGCGAGAAAAAUUAGUUGACCUAAUCAGUCUGCUGAGUAAACAAGGGGGAUUGAAGCAUAUCGAAUUCGUCAAUUUUGACAAAACCGCUCAAAUGGCAAUUCCCGUAGAGAGCAGGAAUGAAUUGGAAAUUGAAAAGGUGAAGGAAGAGAUGAAGAAAGCUUUUUUGGCAGGUAGAAAAGAGCAAUCAACCGAUUCUUCAAAUUUACACCCGUUACAAACCCACGAAGAUAUAGAGCGCUCGAAUGCAGACGACAUCGGAAUUAGAUAUCGCUCAAUCCACGAUUAUUACCCUUCUGGAUUCACCGGUAUAGAAUGCGAUCCAAUCGAAGAAGAAUACUGGCAAACCCGCUUCAACCCCGGAAGUGAACUGUCAGAGCUUCGUGCAGAGCUGGGACCUCUCAUCUCCGACAGGCUCAGUAAUUUCAGGGAAGAGGAAUUAGAAUUUCACAGUCAGAAGGAGUUGAAAGAAGAGCUGAAGCGUGCCAAGAGAAGGCAAGGGGAGCAAAGGAUUUUAGAUGAUGGUGGGAAGAUAUGCGGGCCUCAGUACAGGGGAUCGUUUGUAGUCACCUGCAGAAGAUGA